AUGAACAGCUGCAGCUCACUGGACUGGGAUGGCAUGGAAAACUCCCCAGAGGAACAGAUAGUGCUCAUGGCCAACUCCCCAUCUUGGCCCUCCUUAAACAGAGAAAAGUUGGCAGACGUGCUUUUUGAGAGCUUCAGGGUGCCAGCCCUGCACAUGGCUAACACAGGGCUCCUCUCUCUCUGUGCCUACGGCAGAGUCACUGGUAUGGCCGUGGAGUUAGGGGCUGAAGUGUUCCAUGUCACCUCUGUCCGCCUGGCCCAGACCUGGAGGAAGGCUAUCUACUGCCUCAGGGUGGCUGGUGGCUUCCUCUCCAGCUACCUGCACAGCCUGCUGAUGGACUGCCCCAACAACCCCUCAGUGCUGAAGACUGUGAAGAAGAUGACAGCGAUCCAUCUGAAGAACCAAUGCUACUAUGUCUUUGUGGACUACGAAGGACACCUCCAUGACCAAGGUUACCAUCAUCCAGCCAGAUUUCAGAAUCCUGAUGGACACUGGAUAACCCUGGACAAGGAACAGUUCUAUGGCCCAGAGAUGCUCUUCCAACCGAAGCUACUCCAUCAAAGCUCCCCAGGGCCCCACCACUUGGCCUUGCAGAGCCUCCAGGUGGUACCUGACCACGCCAGGAGGGACACGGUGGGUAACAAUGUGUUGUCAGGGGGCUCCUCAGUGUUUCCUGACUUUCCCAAGAGGAUGUGCUUAGAGUUGAGCACCCUGUUCCACGGCACAGGCUGCCAGAUUCAGGUCCUGGUGAGCCUGGGUGGGGGGCUCAAUGGCAGUGUCGUCACGUCCUUCCAGCACGCAUGGAUGGCAAAGGGCGAGUACCAGGAGCACGGUGCCGAGUACGGGCACCAGAUAUUCCAGCAGGCAGAUGACAACCAUGCAUACAAACCAUCCCACUGGAGGGGCACGGCUCCUGCUGCCUUGUUUCAGGUAGAGCUGCAGUGGUGGUGA